CCCUUCAAUAUUCGAUCGGGACUCCGGACGGAGGUUUGAAGAGGGUUUUACCGAAAAAGGGGAGGGAACCAUCAGACCACCUUCAUCUUCGUUGUCACUCACUUUGUAGAUCCUUUCAACCUGUCGAAUCUGUCUGUAUACACGGUCCUGCGAGAGACGAAGACAGAACUGCUGAACGUCAGCUCCAUACCUGUUUCCCCUUAUAAUCUCCUAUAACGCACGGCGCGGCAAGGUACUCCAGCAUUCGUCUUUUGGAUGCUGAAUGCCUCUCCGUCUUCACCCGCAGCGAACUUCUUUGCCAAGGUGAAUGGUCUGUCAGGUUCCUCAGAGGCGACUAAGGAGGAUGGCGAUGCUUGGACAGGCGGGCUAGGUCGGCCAAGUAUUGAGACUGGAGGUGGAACAGACGAAUCAGGGAGACAACCUGGGGAUGUGAGGAGGGCAGUGAGCCUCCGAGUACAGGGCUCUCUGGGAGGUUUCAGACCGCUUCGAGAACCUAUUGGAAUGUCUUUUGGGGCUGCUGGAUCCAACUUGUCCGCUUCUCCUCUCUCAACGACGACGGGGUCGACGACACUCCGCUCAUCCAGUUCAUCAUAUGCACCACCCGCAGCCUCUCGACAUCCCCUGUUCUCUCAUCAUGCUUCCCCACCUAUCAGACCAUUUGAAGAUCAAGACGGCAUGUCGGAAGCGACGUUGAGUGGUAUAUCUACACCUCCAUCUCCUUCUGGAUCAGUCGGAUCUUCAGGCUUUUCACCAGCUUCAGCCUUUCUAUCUCACUUUUCCUCGUCUGGUUCUCUGAGAUCCAAUUCUACCGAAACGGCUAUCGACGCUCAAGGCGCCCGCGUAUUGGAUUACACAUUAGGUAAAUUGAUCGGUCGAGGUGGAUUCUCAGCCGUCAGGAAAGCGCACCACGUCGUGACCGGCGAAGUAUUCGCUUGCAAAAUUGUGAAACGGGACGACCUUUCCGACUCGUCAGGCUCAGUCGAGAAAUUCGAAGAGGAGAUCAGGAUCUGGCAGGCAUUUCCAAAACAUCCAAGCAUCCUCCCUCUCCUCGAGAUGCACCGCACACCGACAGUGACUUUUCUCAUCGUCCCGUUUUUACCUGGCGGAUCCCUGCUGGAUGUGUUAAAACGUGAAAACGGGUCAGACAGGACGGCGAGGAAAUUCUUCCCUGGAGUCGUCACGGCCGUCUCAGCGCUCCACGAGGGCUAUCCAGGCUUCGAAGGCAAAUUGUUGCACGGCGACUUGAAGCUGGACAAUUUCCUUGUGGACCACGUCGGGAAUGUCAUCGCUGGUCUGCCGAAAGAAAUCGAUGGUCUGCCUCACCCCGUGCUUCCAUCCGCCUCUUUGCCCUACGCUCCGCCAGAGCUAUUGCGGGCUCCUCCGUCCCCACCAUCCUUAGCUCAAGAUAUCUGGGCAGUCGGUAUCGUUCUCCAUGCUCUUUUGACUGGUCGCCUCCCAUUCUUUGACGCAUAUGAUCCGCGGCUCCAAAUGAAGAUCCUUAAGGGGACCUAUGCUGAGCCU